AUGAUCGAUCUCUCCAACCCGACCCCCGUCCUAAAACUCGUCGACUUCGGCGACUCGGUGAACACGUCCAAGAACGUCAUCCUGCCUCCGGCGUGUCUGGAAUUCGCGUCCCCGGAACUGGUCUUGGGGCAGCCCGUGGGAAGGCACACGGACUUCUGGGCGGCCGGAGUUUUCCUCUACGUCUUGCUCAGCGGGGUUUCCCCGUUUCUCGACGACUCCAUGGAGGAGACCACCGCGAACAUACUGAAGUGCGAUUACUGCUUUCCGGAAGAUUAUUUCCGUGACAUUUCCGAUGAGGCCAAGGAGCUGAUCGGGAAGUUGUUGGUCAAAAAUAAAAACUCUGGCAGUAGCAAAUCGCACGAAUCGAAAAGUCCCUCUACUCCACUGGAGUGA